AUGACUCGAUCCAAAAAAGGCCAAUAUUCAAAAUUCAAUGCCCAAAGCGCCUUCCAAGAAAAGAGGAAGAGGACAAGAACAAUAAGAAGAGGUGCUUUGAAGGAAACCUCAACGAAACCUCCUUCUCAAGGUGAGAAGGAGAACGGGCCUUCAUCUUUGCCAUUUGAGCAUAAAGUUUUCUCAUUUUGCAUCCCAAGAGAUAGGUGGGAUAAGGAGUUCUUCAAACUACAGGAAGGAUCUAGCUUGUCCACAAGUGUGGCAGAAUUCGUCGAUAAGUCUUCUGCCCAUCGAGAGGUUUCAUUCAUUGAUAAAUUGCCCAUCUAUGUGAGGGAGCUGAUUUCUGGAGGUGCUGCUGGAGCAUUUGCCAAAACUGCAGUUGCUCCCCUGGAACGAAUUAAAAUCCUCUUUCAGGGUUCUUCUAGUUGA